AUGCAAAUCCAAAGAAAUAGCAUCGUCGCCACUGUGCAGAUGGAGGAGCUCCAGGCAGACAACGCUGCCCUCAAGAAGGGAAACGCAACCCUCGAGGAGGAAAAUGCUGCCCUCCGGGUGGAAAACGAGAGACUUCAGCUUGCUGUCCGAGAGCUUGAAGCAGUGAUUGAUGCCACGGGGAUGGUAAAGCGGCUUCAUCGCAUGCUACGGGCACAAGAAGCCGACCAGGUGCGGCAAGCUGGUCAGGCAGCUGCAGCAGCUCUAGUACCGGCAGCCAUGACCGACAUCGGAUGUGGUGUACUGGUGGAGUCGUCGACGCUACAAGUGCUCCGCAAGGCCGCCAAGUCUUCUGGCUGUAAAUUCGCUCGAAGCCUUGUAAAGGUACUUUUUCCAAAUGACUCAUGGAAGGAAAAGUCCCUCCAUGGGCGUAGAAGUAAUGCGCACAAGGACAUUGAUGCAAAAGAAGCCCUGGACCCGACCAUCGUAAAGGCCAUACUAGGGUACACCUGCAUGGAAUUUGAUGUGCAAUUGACUGCACUCACAAACAGCCUCUCCUCAAUGCUGGCGCGGGGCGUGUGAAAGUGUGUGAAAUAAAGUCAUUUGGAUCAUUUCA